AGAGUUCUUUGACCAGUCCAGUUUAUUGUCAAUUCGUAUCCCCAGGUACUUGUAAUCCUCCACCAUGUUCACAGUGACCCUUUGGAUGGAAACAGGGGUGUCUGGUGCCUUAACUCUCCUCAGGUCCACCACCAGCUCCUUAGUCUUUUUCACAUUAAGCUGCAGAUGAUUCUGCUCACACCAUGUGACAGUUUUCCCACUGUAGGCCUGUACUCAGCCUCAUCUCCCUUGCUGAUGCAUCCAACGAUGGUAGAGUCAUCAGAAAACUUCCGAAGAUGGCAAGACUCUGUGGUGUAGUUGAAGUCUGAGGUGUAGAUGAUGAAGACAAAGGGAGACAGGACAGUCCCCUGUGGAGCCCCAGUGUUGCUGACCACUCUGUCUGACACACAGUGUUGCAAGCGCACAUACUGUGGUCUGCCAGUAUUUAUCUGUCUAACUUGGGAUUAACCUCACUGUAACAGUGUGAUACCAGAUCAAAGCUUGGCAACUCAAGUAAUCUCAUCUGAAAUGUUGUCCUAAACCCAUUGAUGGAUUUUGUAUAUCUUCUUACAGGUUAAAAAUGAGAAGGAAUUUGUCUCCAGGAAGCUCAAACACGGCACACCAGUUUUGUUGUCUCUGUCUAGAUAUUUAAUAAGUGGAGCAAGGGAUUCAAUCGACCGUCCUUCCUGCUCAGACUGUGGGGAGGGAUUAACUUGGUCAUUUGACCAACUGGCAAGCCCGUCAUUUUACACAGGAGAAAGGCUAUUCACUUGCUCAGAAAGUGGGAAUGGAUUCACUCAGUUAUCUCAAUUGGAAGGUACAAAUUCACACUGGGCAAGGCCAUUCAUCUGUUCUGUGUGUGAGAAAGGAUUCAGUUGGUCUUCCCACCUGUGGACACACCAGUCAGUUCACACCACACUGGGCAGAGGCUGGUCAUCUGCUGAAUUUCUGGGAAAGGAUUCACUCAGUCAUUUGACCUAAUGGCUCACCAGCGAGUUCACACAAGGGAGCGGCCGUUCACCUGCUCAGUCUGUGAUAAGAGAUUCACUCACUCUUCCACCCUAUGGAAACACCAGCGAGUUCAUACUGGGGAGAAGCCAUACAUCUGCUCAGUCUGUGGGAAGAGAUUCACUGAGUCAUCCACCCUACUGGUACAUCAGCGAGUUCACACUGGGGAGAAGCCGUUCACCUGCUCUGUCUGUGGGAAGGGAUUUACUCGGUUAUCCCACCUACAGAGUCACGAGCGAGUUCACACUGGGGAGAGGCCUUUCACCUGUUCAGAAUGUGGGAAGAGAUUCACUGAUCCAUCCAACCUACAGAGACAUCAGCGAGUUCACACUGGGGAGAAGCCGUUCAUCUGCUCAGAAUGUGGGAAAGAAUUCACUGAGUUAUCCAACCUGCAGAGUCACCAGCGCGUUCACACUGGGGAGAAGCCAUUCACCUGCUCAGAGUGUGGGAAAGGAUUCACUGAUUCAUCCACCCUACAGAGUCAUCAGCGAGUUCACACUGGAGAGAAGCCGUUCACCUGCUCAGAAUGUGGGAAAGGGUUCACUCAUUUAUCCAACCUACGGAGACACCAGAGAGUUCACACUGGGGAGAAGCCAUUUACCUGCUCAGAAUGUGGUAAAGGAUUCAGUGAGUCAUCCACCCUACUGGUACAUCAGCGAGUUCACACUGGGGAGAAGCCGUUCACCUGCUCAGAAUGUGGGAAAGGAUUUACUGCUUCAUCCACCCUGCAUAGUCACCAGCGCGUUCACACUGGGCAGAAGCCUUUCACCUGCUCAGUCUGUGGGAAAGGAUUCACUCGGUCAUCCAACCUACAGAGUCAUCAGCAAGUUCACACUGGAGAGAGGCCGUUCACCUGCUCAGUCUGUGGGAAGAGAUUCUCUCAUUCAUCCACCCUACAGAAUCAUCAGCGAGUUCACACUGGGGAGAAGCCAUUCACCUGCUCAGUCUGUGGGAAGAGAUUCACUCAGUCAUCCCAAGUACAGAGUCAUCUGCGAGUUCACACUGGGGAGAAGCCGUUCACCUGUUCAGAAUGCGGGAAGGGAUUUACUCAGUUAUCCCAACUACUGAGUCAUCAGCGAGUUCACACUAGGGAGAAGCCGUUCACCUGCUCAGUCUGUGGGAAGGGAUUCACUGAUCCAUCCAACCUACAGAGUCAUCAGCGAGUUCACACUGGGGAGAAGCCAUUCACCUGCUCAGUCUGUGGGAAGGGAUUUGCACAGUCAUCCCAACUACUGAGUCAUCAGCGAGUUCAUACUGAUGAAAGACCAUUCCCCUGCUCAGUCUGUGGAAAGAGAUUCACACAUUCAUCCACCCUACAGAGACACCAGCGAGUUCACACUGGGGAGAAGCCAUUCACCUGCUCAGUCUGUGGGAAGAGAUUCACUCGGUCAUCUGACCUACAGAGUCAUCAUCGAAUUCACACUGGGAAGAAGCCGUUCACUUGCUCAGAAUGUGGGAAGAGAUUCACUCAUUCAUCCACCCUACAGAAUCACCAGCGAGUUCACACUGGGGAGAGGCCAUUCCCCUGCUCAGUAUGUGGGAAGAGAUUCACUCGCUCUUCCACCCUGCAGAGACAUCAGCAAGUUCACAAUGGGGAGUGGCCAUUGUUAUGAAUCCCUAGGUUUCAUUUGCUGUGGACUGUCAUUUGAAGAGAGAGACAGAGAUUAAGAAGGUGAAUCAGUCUGACUUACAGCUUAUUUACAUCGCUCGCAGCUUGUUUAGUUUUAACCGAUGACACAGACACUCAGAGUCAGAAGGAGGAAAAAAGGAUCAAAAUCCAGGAACCAGCGGCCAAGGGUCUGAUGCGCCAUCAAUAACUCUCGGAGACCUGAGGCGAGAUAUGGGCUUUUAUUUGCUGAAAAAUUGAACACUCUCAGCAGCAGAACAGCAAGAGAUCAAGGAGCCGUGCCUCCAAUCUCCUUUAUACAGGGGUCUGUGGGAGGACAUAGGAGCAGUCAGCAAGGGGGGGGGGGGGGGGGGAGGCGUGUCCAGUCAGGUAUAUGUAGUUCACCACAGGGUCGCUCUUUAGAACUUUCCUAUGCCCACAAUGGUAGGUUAAUUAUCAAUUCACCAUACUUCGAAUGUGUGGUUGUGACCCUGUUUGAUCCAUAUCAGUGGAUCUGUUUUGAGGUAUCCUGUGAAGACCACUGACGUCUUAACCCUUGCCUAGAUGUGGUGUGGUAAUUCAUUUGAAGACAAUACCCCUUGUGACAAGUCACUUUCGGUAAUAAUUCAUAUGUGGAUUUGGAAUGAUGACAGAUAAAGUAUACAGCAACUGUCCUCUCAUUUUACCACCAUGGAACCUGUGGAAUUUGACAUAAUUGCCUUCUCUUGAUAUUUACCCUGGAUUACAAAUAUCUCUUAUCAUCUAUUCUGUGGAUGAACUGAACUUUCGCACUUUACCAUCUCAAGACUCCAAGCCUUGUUUCCCCUGAGCUCAAUAGUUUGGGAGUUAUAUUUACACACGUCUAUACACAUAACACUGUUAACUUCUGUUUAUCUUGUUUAAUUUGCAAUUUUUUAAAGUAGAUUCUAUUAAAGAUAGUGGUUUUAACAUCAAAACCAGACUCCAGGUGUAGUCUAUUGCUGCUGGCUCGUUUCUAAAGCAUUAAGGUUCAUAACAAAUUUGGGGCCUGCGUCUGGGAUAGGACCAAAUUUGGGGUCUAUUGAUCGAUUUAUUAUCGAUUUGAUUGGGGAAAUCCCUUUUGAUUUAUUUGUGUGUGGAAAUCAGCAGCAAUGGAUACUGAUAAAUUUCUGGAAACGCCAACCCCUGAGGCAUUAGUAAAAGCCAAAAUGAAUGAAUUGCUGACUGUUGCUACUGGGCUGAAUCUUAAGGUGUAAGGGUGUGUGAAGGACCAGGGUAAGUGUAAAACUGGGAGAGCAGGUAACGUUAAAAAAAAAAUACAUGAGUUUUUUUUUAAUAUAAUCUAGGCAUCCACUCCCUUUUGCAGAGACUGGGAUCCCUGGUUCAAUCGGUAAUGAUGUUGUGCAUUUCAAUGUUCACCUCUCAGUCCUCAAUUCUCUAAAUGAAAGGGUUAUCGCAUUUGAUCUUUCUUCAUAUGAUGACCCCACCACUCCAGGGAUCAGUCUGGUGAAUCUUCAUUGCACUCUCUAUAACAAACAUUCUCUAACCUCUUUGUUAAUCCUCUGUGGAAUUAAUUUCCAUUUUCUGCAGCCCCGUGUUGCCUCAACCACUCACCCUGCACCCCGUCACUAUUUCCACCUUCCCACCUCCUCCCUCGCAUAUAUCCAACUCUCACUCCACAUCUCUUGCCCCAUCCAUACCCCUCACCUCUUUUUUCUGACUAUUUCUGUCCACUCUCAGUCCAGAAGGAAGGUCUCAGCCUGAAAUGUUAACGGUUCAUUUCUCUCCACAGAUGCUGCCCGACCCACUGAGUUCCUCCGACAGUUCGUUCUUUGGUCUAUAUAACCCUGUUAGUAUGGGGAGUGGGAUUCCAAGUACAAUCUCAACAAAACACGCAUAAUUGUCACGUUUCCCGAAUCAUUGGCCCCACUUGCAUGUCAAAAGUUUGCCGGUGUUUGCCCCCAUGUGUGAAUCCCUCUGCUCGCCACCACCGUGUGCUCAGACGGUUCCACAGAUUUCCACCGGGACAAACAUCCUGUCCGCCCCUCUCACACCAUCUUUUUCCUAUCAAUAAAAUCCCUCCUCUCCCUCCCCGCGGAACCGGCAUCAAACCGACGGGCCGAACGGUCUCCUCUUACUUCGAGGCGAUACAUCAGACUCCGGCCGCAGGAGACGCUUCACAAACGCCCCAACUUCCCUCGGAGGGAAAUUAAAAUAAAUCAGAAAGCGGACAUUUACUCUGCUAUGAUGGGGAGUUCGAGGUUGGAGUGGGGGUAACACCCUCUCGGCUUGUCCGCCUCUGCGACGGGUGGUAAUGAGUGAUUGACAUCGCUUUGCACGAAUGGGAAUAGCGCCGUUCCUGAAUUCUCUGCUGUCAGCGGUGAGGGAGGGAGUGGUCACGUGAUUAUUUCCCAGCUGUUAAACUGAUAAAGCCCGAGCUCACCAGCACGCGGACGACACCGCGCACGUGAGGGCAGAUCACGGUGUCAGGAGCGGGGGGGGG